AUGGAUAUUCCGGUCCUGCAAAACCUCAGCCUACGUUUGCCGAUGAAAGAAGGACCAGAGCGCGCCAUUCUGAUCUCAGAUACUGUGCAGGCUUUACGUGCAACCCUGGGACGGAAUCCUUUUUAUCUUGAGGUUACCAGAUUCCGGACGGCAUUGAAUCUUCUUGACGAUUGGGCUGGCGGACAGUCGCUUCCUAUCGAGCUUUCUAACAUGAAUUUCGAAGUCGGCAACAUUUCAGAGAGAUGCGAAUUCUAUUGA